AUGAGAGCGAUGAUAGCAGACGUUUUGCCCUGUCCGUUUGCGCCGGGAUGGAACAGCCUGACGAUUCUGGCAGGACCAACUGAAGUUGCAUGGAUGACUUACGAAGAGGAUCGAGUCGCAGCCUUUGAGGCCGCCAGUAGGCCGAGCAAGAGAUUGGGCAGCGCUGUGCUGGGAGGGAUGGGGGUGGGGGUCCUGGCCUCUGCUCUGGGAGGAGCGGUGUACUCUCUGGUAACUGCGAGUGCCAUCAAGGGGGUUGGUUUCAUGCGCCGAUCGUUCCCCUUGCUGGGAGCCGUGGGGAUAGCGUUGAACCUGCCGACGAUCCAACAUGCACUGCAGGACAUGAGCAACGAGACUGUUCAGGAAGUGAGCCAGCAGAGGAGCAGCGAGGAGCGCGGCGUCAGGACCAUGGAUGCAUCCGGUAAGAACGGGUAG